AUGCUUAUUCUUAUCUGGAAAAAUUUAAUUCCACAAAAACAAAGUAUGAAAUCAUUAAUUUCAAAUGUAUUCUAUAUUGAGAAGAAUCAAACUAAUCAACAACACUACUCAAAUAUUCAAUAUGUUAACAACAGUUUGUCUUCUUCAACAGCAGAAAAAUCUUUCAGAUUAGAAAUCAAUAAACAUACUUUGACUUUUACAAAUUCAAAAUUUAUUCAUCAAAAUAAAACAUUAGAAACUACAAUUCAAUGUGUUGGUUCAUUAUAUAAUCAAUCUUGUUUGUAUCAUAAUUUAUAUUAUGUUGAUAAUGCAUUUACGAUUUUAACAGUAAAAGGAAAACAGUUACCUACAUAUUCUGUACGAACAGAUGCAUUUAUACUAUGGCCUACAACGCCAAAUAAACGUGUUUUUGAUUCAUAUUAUGAUCUUGAAAAAUUUGUCCGUACUACGAUUGAUCCAAGAAUACUUCCAUCUGUUACUCUAUAUUUUGGUCAACCUUGGCAUUUUAAUAUUGGUCAUGCACUUUUUGAUGGUCUUUAUCCAGCAUAUGUUGCACUUAUUCGUUUUCCUCCAAGACAUCUGCAACCUUUUCGUAUUCUUGCUGGAGUAGAUGACUGUAAUGAUUGUUGGAGUGAAGAUGUUUAUAGUCGUUUUGGUGGUCUUGGAAUUCUUAAGCAAAGAGUUCUAAAUAAAAUGUCGAAAGGAAAUUGGUUUAUGUUUGAAGAACUCGUUAUGGGUAGUGGAACAUUUUGUCAACGUUGUACACAACCUAAUUCACAAUUACCUGGUGGUGUUGAACUAGAUGCUUCAAGACUUUUUCGUGAUAGAAUGUAUCAACAACAUGGUCUUGUUCAUCCCAUUGUUCGACAAAAAUCUUCAUCUGAAAGAAGAACCUCUCAUGAUCUUCUUCAGGCAUAUAUUAUUGAUAACAAACGUUUCACAAGUGAAGAUCGAAAAGAAAUUGAUAAUGCUAUGAAUGAAAUAAAUAAUUAUACCAAUUUAUAUUUGAAUAAAACUACGAAUAGUACAACUAAACUACAAUGGCCAUUAGUUCGUGUCACUUAUCUUUUCUACAAUCUAGUUAGAGCUCAAAAUCUUACUUUAAUUCAAAUAAAUGCAACAUCAACUGAUUCUCGAUCACCAAUAUAUGAACUAAUUGAAAAUAAUUUCAUAGCUCAACUAAAACUUCUACGUCAAAUGGAUAUUCAUAUAACUGGACCAGGUACUGGACAAAUGUAUCAAACAUUUUUAUCAGAUGGAUCUGUAACUAUUAAUAUUGGAGGCAUAAGACCAUGGGGAGCAGAAAAAACUGAAAAAGCAUAUAGUUCAUAUCUUGAACAACAUAUGACAAGUGGUACACCUUAUAUCAAAGGUCUUUAUUAUCCAAUUAAUGAACGACCUAAAGGUAUUAAAAAAGAUGAAAUUGUGAAAUUAAUUCGACAAGCAUCACAACUAAUUCUCGAAGGGUUUUCAUUACCAGUGAAUCCUCGAGAUAAUCUAGCACCUGAUGGACAAUUAUUUGUUGAAAUGUGUGAAAAAGAUAAAGAAUUUUGUUCUUCAGUUACAACAAGAACAACAGAUAGAGAUUUCACUUGUUUAGAGUUCUGGAUAGAAGAUUUUGUACAUGAAUACCGUCAAUGGCAAUUAGGAGGUUUUGUUGAUAACGGUCGAAAUCUUAGCUGUGCUUUUAAUCGUUCAUUGCUACAUGAAUUAAGAAAAAAAUAUGGAAUUAAACAGAACAAAUCGGAUCAGUAA